AUGGAUAAACGUAUCUUGCAGUUGCUUGAUGAAGACAAUGAUGACUGUGUUGAUGAUCCUGACUUCUCUUGCAGUUCUAAAUCAGAUGAUAGCAGUGCUUCUAACACGAGUGAUUCUGAUGACAGUGACCAAGACAACAAUGAGGUUUCGUACGUCGGAGAUUCAACUGACAAUGUAGUGUUGUGGUCAAAGGUAGAUGCAAUGUUCAGACCUCUAAAGACUAUGCCAAACAUGGUAAUUCCAGCUGUAUUAGCAAAAUUGGAUAGGAGUGCUUCAGAACUAGACGUCUUUGAGAAAAUAUUUUCCCCCAGUCUUUUUAUAUUUAUCUCUCAGUGUACGAAUCAGAGACUAAAAUUGAUAAAGAAAACCACAGUCCGGAGCACAGAUCCUGGAGAAAUUAGGUUGGUUCUUGGUGUUAUGCUCGUAAUGUGUUACAGUAGAGUGCCCUCAUUUUCGGACUACUGGUCACACAUUACUUCAAUGGGAAAUGUUGCUAUAAAAAGAGCAAUUUACAGAGAUAGGUGCAAAGUGUUACUUUCUACACUGUACUUCAAUUUCCCUGAUAAACCAGACACAGCUGAUAAGCUUUACUACCUAGAGCCAAUAGACGCUUGUCUGAAAAACACUUUUCAGAAAGCGAGGUCGGAAAAUACAGCACAAAGCAUUGACGAGUCUAUGAUAAAGUUCAAAGGAAGGUCAGCCUUGAAACAAUACCUUCCUAUGAAGCCAGUGAAGCGUGGAAUAAAGAUAUGGAUGAGGAGCGAUUCUGUAACAGGCUACACAUAUGGCUUCAACAUAUAUUUUGGAAACGAUGCAAAUAAUAUGGAUGGCACAUUGGGUGAACGUGUAGUUCUGCAGCUCUCAAAAACAAUUAGAGACACUAAUGUAAUGUUGUCAUUUGAUAUAUUUUUUACAUCAAUUUGUUUGAUGGAUACCUUGCUGUUUGCAGCUGUUGAUACAUGUAUGGCUAACAGGAAAAAUGUGCCAAAGUCAACGAAAAAACUUGCUCGGGGGGAAUGUGAGUUCCUUUGCAAUUCUUCUGGUACGUUGUGGUGUAAAUGGCAGGACACUGAAGAAGUAAUGUUGGUCAGUAACUGUCGUUCUAAUGAUGUGUGUACAGUGAACAAAAAAGCAAAAGAUGAAUCUAAAUUGGUUGCAGAGUGUCCAGUGGCACUGAAAACUUAUAACGACCUUAUGGGUGGCGUGGACUUGGCUGAUCAGAUGAGUAAACUGUAUGAUUUGGACAGAAAAUCUGAUAAAGGGUGGAAGAAAGCGUUCUACAAACUGUUGCUAACUAGUGCUGUAAAUGCCUGGAUUUUAAAAAAGAAAAUUCAACACAAAACAGUGCAACUAAAACAUUUUCUAGUCAACCUAACAGAGCAGAUGAUUGCCAAGGGACAAAAGACUGCCAAGGUACAGUGGAAAUCCUCAACUGGGCGCCCUUCUAAGAGAGCAAGAGUGAAUGUGUUCUAA